ACUUCCUGAACAGUCAUGAACACGCCCUCCGCCUCCCUGCUCCCUCCCUCCCUCUCUCUCUCACACGUACAGAUACACACACAGUUGCAGAAGGGUGAGCUAUUUUUGGACAACCUGGUUAAUCGCUCUGCUUCGCUGCACCUCUAUAAAGCCUGCACGUCGACUGAGGUCCAGUCAGACUUCACCAAGUGGACCAGUCACUACUUUGUUUUACUCUGUGCGUCAGACACACAUCUGAGACAUCAUAGCAUGAAACAUAGACGGCUGCUACUUUCCCUGCCUCUCCUACCAACCAUCACUGAGAUACUGGAGGACUUGCCUGUCCAUCCUUCAUCCUCCCAGUGUACACAGAGCUCACAGACUCUGGAGGACUACAUGAGCAGCAUCCAGGCUCUCGCCUGCCCAGUGGAGGCGCCGAGCUGCGGCCCCGUCAGACUCCAGAGGUCCCCCAGGACGCGGCUCUUCUCAAAGGCUCAGAUGAAGCUGUCUGUCUCAACAUCACUCCCUCGCGGUUCUCCCCGCGCACUAAGGACUUCCAGACCCUCCAGUCUGAGUCUGAACAACACAGAAGAGUUUUCUCUUAGGACGAGAAUGGAGCGGGACUGUAAGGGCAAAGACCCCGUGGACUGGCUGUUUGGACAAAUAAGGACUUGAGGAGACACCAUGUUGUUAUUGUUCCUCCGUCCUGUUUGAGUUGUAAACAAACGGGUCUGACGGCUGCUGUGCAGGUCAUCAGGACUAAAAGUCUGACAAGGACCCUAAUAUAAUAUUCAAAUGUUGACAAUGACACCGAUGCUUGAAUAAGGAGAAUAGUUCUUUAUUUAUAUGCACUCAGGGCUCAGGUCUACGUGUUUACAUUGUUUAAUAUUUUUUUAUUGUGUUUUUUCAAGCUGUGGCAAAUGUCAAGUAAACAACUGAAAUAUGA